GGAGGCUCCUGGGGGCCAGGGCUCCGAGUAUAUGUGCUGCUGAAGUGAGCAUGAUUAUGAACUAUUUCAAAUCUGUAAAGAGGCGUACAGAUGCGUACUCACCACCUAGCUUAACAAAGAACGUUAUGAGUACAGGUUAUAAUAUAACUUAUCCUCUCAUGCUUUUUCCCUGCCCCUUCUCCCCAAAUCAUCAACAGUAGAAAAAGAAGAAGAAAACAUGUCAGGACAGAAAUGCAGUUACCCCUGGGACUUACAGGAUCGAUAUGCACAAGAUAAGUCAGUUGUGAAUAAGAUGCAGCAGAAGUAUUGGGAGACAAAGCAGGCCUUUAUUAAAGCCACAGGGAAGAAGGAAGAUGAACAUGUCGUUGCCUCCGACGCAGACCUGGACGCCAAGCUGGAGCUGUUUCACUCGAUUCAGAGAACCUGUUUGGACUUGUCUAAAGCAAUUGUACUCUAUCAAAAGAGAAUAUGUUUCUUGUCUCAAGAAGAAAACGAACUGGGAAAAUUUCUCCGAUCCCAAGGCUUCCAAGAUAAAACCAGAGCAGGAAAAAUGAUGCAAGCGACAGGAAAGGCCCUCUGCUUUUCUUCCCAGCAAAGGUUGGCCCUGCGCAAUCCUUUGUGUCGAUUUCACCAAGAAGUGGAGACUUUUCGGCAUCGGGCCAUCUCGGACACUUGGCUGACGGUGAACCGCAUGGAGCAGUGCCGGACUGAAUACAGAGGAGCAUUAUUAUGGAUGAAGGACGUGUCACAGGAGCUUGAUCCAGACCUCUACAAGCAAAUGGAGAAGUUCAGGAAGGUACAAACACAGGUACGCCUUGCCAAAAAAAGCUUUGACAAAUUGAAGAUGGAUGUGUGUCAAAAAGUGGAUCUUCUUGGAGCAAGCAGAUGCAAUCUCUUAUCUCAUAUGCUAGCAACAUACCAGACCACUCUGCUUCAUUUUUGGGAGAAAACUUCUCACACUAUGGCAGCCAUCCAUGAGAGCUUCAAAGGUUAUCAGCCAUAUGAAUUCACUAUGUUAAAGAGUUUACAAGACCCUAUCAAAAAACUGGUUGAGAAAGAAGAAAGGAAGAAGAUCACCCAGCAGGAAAGCACAGAGCCCGUGGUGGAGGAGCCAAGUCAGUUAAUUUCAUUAGAGGAUGAAAACCAGCACAAGGAAUCCUCUAGUUUUAAGACUGAAGAUGGAAAAAGUGUUUUCUCCGCCUUAGACAAAAGCUCUACACAUAAAGCAUGCUCAGGUGAACUAUUAGACAUGAAACCCGAGGAAGGUGCUUGCCUGGGCCCAAUGGCAGGGACUUUGGAAGCCGAAGGUGCUGACAAAGAUGACCUGCUGCUGUUGAGCGAGAUCUUCCAUGCGUCCUCCCUGGAAGAGGGCGAGUUCAGUGAAGAGUGGGCUGCUGUGUUUGGAGACGGCCGGCUGAAGGAGCCAGCGCCCACUGUGGGCCCAGGAGAGCCAGACACCAAGCCCCAGGCAGCCUCAGGAUUCCUUCCUUCGCAGCUUUUAGACCAAAAUAUGAAAGACUUACAGGCCUCGCUACACGGCUGGUCAGAGAGCAAUGUCAAUCCUCCUCCUUCUCCAUGGCCAGCACCAAAGGCAAGCAGUCCCAAUGACAACAGCCCUGCAGUGAAAGAGCCUGCCAAGGCUGCUUCGGACCUGACUGCCUGGUUCAGCCUCUUCGCUGACCUCGACCCAUUAUCAAAUCCUGAUGCUGUUGGGAAAACGGAUAAAGAACAUGAACUGCUCAAUGCAUGAAUCUGCAGCCUCCGGGACGGAGCCCGUGCCACCCCUGAACAGCGCGCCGGGGGCUCGCGGUCGUCUGAAGUGAUCAGUAUGCUGUUUUACUGUUGACGUGCCAUUUUAAUAAAAUGAAGGGUCAAAGGCCCUGUUUA